AUGGGUGUUAAGGGAUGCGGAGAGCACAUGUCGAUGGAUGUACGGGAGCUUCUGCCUGGUGGAGUCGAGAGGCUACGGAGAAGGAUCGAACACAAUGCUGCCGCCGUCAGAAGUCGGUCAAACAACCCGUCCUCGACUAGUGGCCAUGUGGCGUCAGCGCCAGUACAUGUGAGCUCAUCCGCAGCAGAGCUGUCUCCAGGGUCUUCGAACGUGUCGUCCGGCGAUGCGGCUGGGCCUUCACCACAAUUUCAGAUGGCGACACAGCCUGCCAGUGGCAUCUCUUUGCCGAUUCAAGAAAUCGUGAUGAGUCCUCAGUACUUCCUCCUUUGUAUCAAGACAGACUUGACCGUGCUGGUACAGAUUGAGGUGUCUGCCGUAACCAGUGAUAAGGCCCUCUUCAAACGCAUUCGCGAGGAAUAUGAAGCCACACAAUGGAAGCAUCAAAAACACAUCUCGAUACCAGCUCCGGCAUGGCUCCAUCAGUCUUAUGACUUCAUCGUCGCAAGGCUCCCAGCCAGCAUGCAAUUCCUCACGGCAGCGUGGAGUAGCCUGACAGACACUCGCCUCCACCAAAUCACUUCGGGCGACCUAGUCCAAUUCAGCUUAGUCCCUGUUAGGUCUACCCUAACUAUAUCAAGGCGAAGCAGCUGCCACCCAAGGAGCAGGUAGACCAGCUACAGUACCUUUAUAAUCCAGUGCCGAUGGACAUUGAACAUCUUGAAAUACCGCUGGGACAUUUGCUUAAGCCGGGGGAGCACCUUGACAGUUUUUGGCUGACGACGUUUCCGAAGAAGCUGCAGGGCCCGCUCGUGCGACUGGCUGGGGCGAGCGCAGAGCAGACAAUUGGAUGGGGAAUCAGGGUCAACGAGAGGCCGAAUACGUUUAACAUUCUGUAUAUGGUAGUUGCGGGACUGAUUUUGCUUAUUAUUGUCGUGCUUUUGUAUGUAUAUCUCAAGGUGGAUUGGAGUGAGAGCUAUGGGCUGGGGGCAUUUUUAGUGGGAGUAAUGGCUAUUUGGCUGCCCUUUCAGUAUCUAGCUUGGAGUGGAGGCUUUGGGAAGAGUUGACCUUGAUCCGUGAACUAUCCAGCACUUUGGUAGUCAUCGGAAGAUAACCCACAUCUCUGCGAUGUGAUAUCGUC